AUGGCGCUCACGGGGAACGCGGACCCACAACUCGAGGCAAAAGACAACGAAAUUGACGCUCUCAGAGCCCACCUGGAUGUCGCGGAACGUGAUCUCACGGACAUGCGAGAGAAGUGGCUGAGGAACGAACAGUCGCUGGAAAACUUGCAACAGCUCCUGGAAAGUGCGUCGCGAGCCGACGCAUCUUUGAGAGACCAAAUCAGCGUGCUGAAAGAGUCCCUAGACUCAAGAAAUAACGAUGUCAAACGUCUCGAAAGCUCGAACGCUGAAGCCAAUGAGCUUGCGGAGCAGUACAAAACCAAGCUUAAGAACGCUCAAGGUGAAGUUGACGCGCUGCGGGAAACUGAGAGAAACAGUGCGUCUCAACUUGCCCAAGUCACGCAGAUGACAACGCAGUACGAAGGCGAUAUUUUGAGUUAUAAAAGUAAAUUAUUGGACAUCGAGGCGGAGCUGAUGGCUCUCAGAGAGCUCAACGACGGUUAUUCUGAUGAAGCAAAUACCUCAAAAGAAAAGUACAAAGAGACACUGAGCGAAAUUGCCAAAGUGACAGAGUUGAAUGACAAGCUCGAGGCAGAGCUUUCAAAAACGAACGAACAGGUGAUAAAUCAUCUAAACCAGCUAGCCAUUCAUAAGCACGACAUGGAAAAGCUGGAAUUAGAACUCGCGGCUUCUCGCAACGAUCUGUCAGAGUUGACGGUUGAUUUUGAAAGCGCGAAUACAAAAUUGAGUUCACUUACGUCUGAACUGGAAGAUAGCCGAUCAGAGGCACUCGCAUACUCGAAUGAGCUUCAAACUGUGAAAACCGACCUCGAGAUUUCGAUGGACGAACUCGAAACACUCAGAAAAAGUCUUAAAGCUUCGCAAGAUCACGUUUCAGAAUAUGAGAUCAAUCUCUCGGGUUACAAAACAAAGCUCGAAAUGGUUCAAUCGUCGCUUGAGAUAUCUCGUAAUGAAGCCACAAGCUAUCAUGAUGAUCUUACUUUAAAUAAACGUGAACUUGAGGAGGUGCGCGAUGGACUUGAGCAGAUAACGAGCGAGCUACGAGCUUCAAAGACUGAAAAUUCCAGCUUAUCUGAUGAACUCGACUGCUUAAAAAGCGAGCUUGAAAUGCUUCAAUCACAACUUGCUACUGCGAAUGACGAGUCCUCAACACUCUCGAUCGAUCUUGCAGGGAUUAAAAGUAAGCUCGAAAUGGCUGAAAAAGCUCUGGAAGAGUCUCGCAAUCAGGCAUCUGGGUAUAAGGGCGAGCUGGAAGUAGCACGUAAUGAGGCUGUACAAUUGUCUAGCGAGCUCAUGGGCUUGAAAGUUAAGGUAGACGAGUUGGAGGUAGCGCUCAAUGAAACCAGCGGAGAGUCGUCGACUCUUUCCAUCGACCUCGCUGGUUUCAAGAGCAAGCUAGCAAUGGUCGAGGAAGCUCUCGAGCAAGCGCGCACGCAGUCCUCUGAGUAUGAAGGCGAGCUCGCUCGCGCUCGCGAGGCGCUCGAGAAUGAGGCAAACGAGAAGAGAUCCAUGGAAGAGAAGUUUUCGAAGAUGUGCGAGGAGCUAUCUCAGCAGGGCAUGCAAGCGUCGGAGGAAGGGGGACGCCUAGAGCGCGAGCUCGCUUACACUCGCGAGGCGCUCGAGAAUGAGGCAAACGAGAAGAGAUCCAUGGAGGAGAAGUUUUCAAAGACGUGCGAAGAGUUAUCUCAGCAGGGCAUGCAGGCGUCGCAGGAAGUUGAUCGCCUGCAAGGUGAGUUGCAAAAGUCUAGAACCGCACUUGAUAAAGCUAACGGCGAAUCUUCACUUCUUUCCAUUGACCUCGCUGGUUUCAAGAGCAAGCUAGCAAUGGUCGAGGAAGCUCUCGAGCAAGCGCGCAUGCAGUCCUCUGAGUAUGAAGGCGAGCUCGCUCGCGCUCGCGAGGCGCUCGAGAAUGAGGCAAACGAGAAGAGAUCCAUGGAAGAGAAGUUUUCGAAGAUGUGCGAGGAGCUAUCUCAGCAGGGCAUGCAAGCGUCGGAGGAAGUUGAUCGCCUGCAAGGUGAGUUGCAGGCGGCGCAAGCGGCGCUCGAUAGCGCGUCGGGCGAGUCGUCGACUCUUUCCAUCGACCUCACUGGUUUCAAGAGCAAGCUAGCAAUGGUCGAGGAAGCUCUCGAGCAAGCGCGCACGCAGUCCUCUGAGUAUGAAGGCGAGCUCGCUCGCGCUCGCGAGGCGCUCGAGAAUGAGGCAAACGAGAAGAGAUCCAUGGAAGAGAAGUUUUCGAAGAUGUGCGAGGAGCUAUCUCAGCAGGGCAUGCAAGCGUCGGAGGAAGGGGGACGCCUAGAGCGCGAGCUCGCUCGCGCUCGCGAGGCGCUCGAGAAUGAGGCAAACGAGAAGAGAUCCAUGGAAGAGAAGUUUUCGAAGAUGUGCGAGGAGCUAUCUCAGCAGGGCAUGCAAGCGUCGGAGGAAGUUGAUCGCCUGCAAGGUGAGUUGCAGGCGGCGCAAGCGGCGCUCGAUAGCGCGGUGCGGGAUUCAACGGAGAUUCGCAUUUCUGCUGAUGGCUACAAGAUGAAUCUUGAAGCAGCGCAAUGCGAGCUUGAUGCGUUACGAUCGCAAAGCGGUGACACGUCAUCAGACCUUACAGAAUAUAAGAACAAGGUUGAAUCAUUGCAGUCCGAGCUUUUGUCUGCCCGUGAGGACUCUAUGAAAACAGCAGAGGCUUUAUCGCGAGAACAAAUCAAAUUUCAAGGCAUGGAGGAAAAGUUGGCAAAUAUCGUAGCAUCGAGCGGGGCAGACAACGUUGAGAUUGAAACUUAUAAAUCACGGCUUGCGAGCAGUGAAUUAGAACUCGAAACUCUUAGGGUGAAAGCAGCGGUAAAUGCUGAAGAAGCAGAAAAGUAUCAAGUAAAUCUCAUCGACGCCCGUGAGGAAGUUGCAAGAUUAGCCGAUGAAAUUGGCGAGUGGAAGAGCAAAGCAGAUUCUCUCGAACACCAACUCGGUCAAGUUCAGAUGGAGCACCCCGACAAAGAUGAAGAUGCAGAAAAAAAUCGUCAGCUUGAGGACGAGUUAGAACUCUUAAAAGAAAAAGUCUCAGCGUCAUCGGCUGAAAUAGAGUCAUACAUGGGUAAGUUGGAGCACGCGGAAUCUGAACUUUCAGUGAUGCGAGCUGAGAUUGAAGGAGGAAAACACGAAAGAUCCGAACAAAACCAGGAAGUGAUCGCGCGCAUGCAAAUUGAAGUUAGUGCAGCAAAUGAGCGAGCUGAUCGCUAUAAGCAGCGUUUGCUUGAGCUCGAGGAAAAUAUGCAGCUCAAGUUAGAAUCCCUUGAGUCGAUUGCUGAAUUUUCUGAAACAGAGGAAGUGCGAUUGCUGCAGGAACAAAUUUCGAGGCUUGAGUCAGAAAACGCCGAGGCGAACUCAAUGCUGAAAAACAUGGAACAGGAUAUAGCGAAAAUGCGUGUCUCUUCUAUCGAGCCUUCUCAGUCUCCAAUGUGGCUGAUCGAGGAAGAGCGGCGUGACAUGGAAUUAUCUAUGCUUGAAGCGAGACAAGCAGCACAGCUCUCAUUGGCACAAGUGUCGCAGGCGGUAACCAAAAUGAGACAACAAGCGCGAGGCGAGCUGGUUUCGCAUGCCAUCUCUUGCGAGUUCAAAGUACGCAAAGAUGUUGGCGAACAUCAAUUCCUUUGUUUGGUAGGAAGUUGGCACGAGUGGGAUGUACAGACAGCUGAUUACAUGCAGCGCGGCGCUGAUGGUACCUGGCAAGUUGCCAUCACGCUCUUUGCAGAUGAGGCGUACGAAUAUAAAUACUGUGUUUGCGAGGUAAAUGAGCACGGUCAGCGUGUUCCAAUAGAGUGGCAAGUAGGCCACAAUCACGGCUUUGCCUUCGAUUCAAAUCUAAUCGUCAAUCAGAACAUGAAGGCCAAGGCGCAGAUCCGAGAUAAAUUUCUCGCGGAUCCAGCGCAUACCCCAAUAAUCUUAUUUGGGCCAAAUGGUGAAAAGUUUGAGACGGGUAGUACGGCGCUGCUCCACAACUUCUCGAAUCACAUCGCUGAAAGUGGAUUUGAGAAUUUGCGAACGAGUCUUGAGCGUUUAAAUGCCAUCCUCGCGAAGUCACAGCGUAAAAAUCUUGAGGCGUAG